ACCAAAAAAUAUCGAACAACUUGUUCAAGAUUCUGUCUUCCUUCCCUCUCUCCGAAUUUCGUCAUAUUCGAGCUCCUCUGGGCCGUUGUUUUUGUCCUUGUUUGCGGAUAUCUCUCUUCGUUGCAGCGUUGGGGUUUCGGGUACUUCUUUCACCGACUUGCGGACUUUUCUCAGCUCAGGGGCAACCACCGUUCACUCCCCUGAAGGGCUAUUUCACAGCUCUCUUUUCGACAAGGAACAGCUUGUUUUAAUAAUUUCCUCGACAGUAUCCGGUCAUUGUCCUGUACUCUCCAGCAUUCAAAGUCGGCCAGGAUCAAUAUGUCUGCAUACAUCCGUCCUUCAAUCAAGGCUGCUGGUGUUGCAGCGGCGGGCGCCACAGCUGGCUACACGGCGUGUCAUUACUGGAACACGACCUUCUUCCAAUUUAACACAGUUCACGCCGAAUCACCUCCUUCAGAUGCCAAGGCAGCACUGAAGAAGAUGAAUUGGAAGGGGUUCACGGAGCUCAAGCUGGAAAAAGCUGAAAUGGUCAAUCACAAUGUCAAAAGACUGACUUUUGCUCUACCUGACGAUUCAUCAAUCACCGGCAUUCCACCAGUCACAUCUCUCCUGACUAGACAUACGCCCGAAGGUGCCUGGAUUCCGGUCUUCCGGCCAUACACACCUGUCAGCGCCAAUGACCAACCUGGAUAUGUGACGUUCAUGGUCAAGAGGUAUCCCAACGGCAAGGGGUCCGGCAAAAUGCACUCUCUGAAACCUGGUGAUUCAAUGCUGUUCAAGCCACUUCACGAGUUCGACUACAAGCCGAAUCAGUACUCCGCCAUGACCUUCAUUGCCGGAGGAUCUGGCAUCACCCCCAUCUACCAGCUGACCCGGUCCAUUCUCGACAACCCGGAGGACAAGACCAAGAUUGCCCUGGUCUAUGCGAACAACACCGAGGAGGAUAUUUUGCUGAAACGAGAAUUUGACGAACUGGCGCAGCAAUUCCCCGACCGCUUCACCAGGACCUACACCGUCAGCAAAAUCACGCCGGAAAAUGAGGGUCGCUACCACCAAGGCUAUGUGGACAAGACCAUGUUGAGCCAAGUGAUGCCUCACAAGAUGAACGAACAGAAUGUCAAGGUUCUCGUUAGUGGACCUCCUGCCAUGAUUGAAGCUGUGGCCGGCGCCAAAGGCGGCUUCGGAUGGACGCAGGGCAGUCUGGGCGGGAUCCUCGGAGAGCUAGGAUACACCAAGGAAGAAGUGCACAAGUUUUAGAGAUUUAUCACAUUGCCGUGGUGAGGGUGUUCUCAAUUCGAUGUCUAUAUUACUAGAACCGGGGUGAACUUUGACUUCUUGCACCAGGCGCUUUGGGGGGCGCUAGACAUAGAAUAGAUAGACAAAUACCAGAGGGUGAGGCGAGGGGCAAGCGGCUAAUCUUCUCGCCUUGGAGUCCAGUUGCGAGUA